UGAGCUGCUCCUUCAACAUCUCCUUCUGGUGUUUCAGGACAUCAGCUGUUGAGAGCAACUACAGUAGCCAUGGAAGGUCUCUACAAGGAGCUUUCCUGCCCUGUGUGCCUGGAGCUGUUCACCCCUCCAGUGCUGGAGUUGCCUUGUUCUCACAACUACUGCAAACAGUGCAUCACAAAGACUCUCAUCUCUCAGAACUGCACACACGUCAACGGUCAGUUCUUCUGCCCGAUGUGUCGUAAGGUCACCUGCUUAAGGGGGAGAGGAAUCGAUGGGCUGAAAAGGAAUGUCUUUGCGGAAAAUGUCCUGGAGAAAAUCAAGGAACAUGGGAUACGCCAGGAGAAAAGGGAGACCAGGCUAAAGUCACAAAUCUGCAGCAUCCAUGAAGAGAGUAUCAACCUGAUGUGCCUGACAGAUGAAAAACCAAUAUGCAGCAUCUGCAAACUGUUUGGGGACCACCGCACACAUGAUGUUACCCGAUUGGCUGAGUUUUAUCAGGAGAAAAAAAAUAGUUUUUCCAAACAGAUGGACAGAUUGCUUUUCAAACAAGAAACAACAACAGAAGCCAUUCAGGAACUACAAAACAUACAGGAUGAUCUCAUUUUAAGCUCCAAGGACAUUAAGACAUUAAUAAGCACACUAGGGGAGAGCUUAGUGUGGGAGAUCCAAUACAAAAUAUGUACCUUAAAUAUGAUGGUAGACUCUGAGUGUUCAGUGAAGUGUAACAGGCUACAAAAAACUCUCCACGAGAUACAGCAGCCUCAUCGGUUGUACACAAAAAUGAAGAACCUUCUAGACAGCCAAGACAACCCUAUUGAAUUUCUGAAAGAGCAAAAAAUUCUCAAAGAGGAGGCAGAGCGGCUUUUGAAAGAUGAUAGGCUUCCACGGAGCCAAAAGAAGGAGGGCAUUUCUGUUGGAAAGUAUGUAGAGGAGCUGAUGAAAGGCCUAGAGAUAAAGGCGAUUGCAGUAUCAAAUAGGGAUAGCAUUCUAAGGAAGAUUGCUGAGGAAUACAACGCAUGGAGAUCAGGCUGUUCCAACGUCGACCCUACCUCCUAUGAUGGCUUAGAUCAGCUGAUCAACAACACCGUGUCACUUUCAUUAAUGGGCCCGGACGAGACCAGCAGCAGUCUGGACUGGGAAAUAAGCAGUUCCUCUGAGGAGAGUGAUGUCGCCGAAGAGGCCAACGAGGCCGAUAAGGACUAGGUAAUGCAGGCUUACAGGCAAUAAAUUAUACCUGAAGACCAUUGAGAAGAAAAAUUAACAUUUAGUUGGCAUGCGGCCUUAUUGUUUUUCUCAGGUGUCAAUGUCAAUUCACUUACAGCCUAGCUCGAAUUACCAAUGGCUAUUGUAACCAUUUUAUAAACUUAAAAUUAAAGAUAAUUUUUCUCAGCAAAA